AUGGCGUUCGUCAUCUGUAAAGAAAGAUUGUUUAAGAAGAUGCAUCGCAUUAAUACACCAGAUGGUUUAAUUGAUAAAUAUGAAAUUACCCGCAGUCUUUGCGUUUCUCAUGUAACUUUGUUCGCCUGCCAAUGUCAAUUGCCUGUCCUAUGCCAAGUUGAUUUUUCCGCACGGACAAGCCAAGAUCUUCGAUCUCCUGUCUUGCUCCUGGGUGAGUACUGUCGAUACAUUCUAAGCCACCGACAUAAUACCAUAGCGAGCAAAAUGAACCCGAUUAGUAGCGAAGCACAAAGGCAAAGAUUUUUUCCAAAUGCGCAUUCUCAGAUCAUAAUUAUCGGUAUUGAUGGAAAAGUGCAUUUCUGCUGACGAUCAAUUAGUUCCAUAUAUUUUGCACAAUACUGGAGUGUUUUUCCAAAUUCUCCGUUCAAACAUUUGGUUUUCUGUGUCAGUUUGGCAUUGCUUGAUGAGUGGAAAGCACUACAAUCGAUGUUGGCUUGUUCACGAAGCUUUUUCCGAAGCAUUGGAAAGGCUCUUUAUAGAACAAUGUUUACCAACCAUACCAGAGAAAGUUGAGGAGUUCGCCCAAAGUGACCACGCACAAGAAACAAGUUUAACGAAUAUUCUUAACGAUGACACUGUUAAAGAAUAUGUUACUCCGUUAAUGCUUCCAGAGCUACACAGACCCCCUUGA